CACACUGCAAGCGUCGAUCUCCAAAAGAGAAUUAAAUUUAUCGCGAGUUUAAGAUUAAGGAAGUUUUUGGCAACAAUUCGGGCCAGGGGAGCAGUUGGGGGGAGUUGUGACAAAAGCAAAAGAGGGCGCGCCGCCGGCUGCCAAUGGGGCAAUAGAAAACGGCAAGAGAAAGCAAAUAUUCUGAACAAAUUCGUUUCGGCGUUGCACCAGUGCAUGUUUGUGCCCGCGCGUGUGUGUGUGUGUGUGCGUGUCAACAUUUUGUUGUUGCUGUUGCGCUUUAUCUUUUUGUUUUGUGGCAAAGAAUGCAAUAAUUGUUGCUUUCCCCGAUUUUCCCGCUUGCAAAGUUACACCUGCCCAGUUCUUAAUACAAUACCCGUCUCCCUCGCUCUCGUGCGCGCCUGCGCCUGUGCUUUUUGUUGUUGUGUUGGUGCUGCUUACGUGUCUGCAGAGAAAACAACAAAAUCCGCGAAAAUAACUUAAAAAAACAUAAGAUGUGCAAGUUACUGAGACUUGUGCUGGUCUUGGCCAUCUGCCUCCUGCCCGCCUCCGCGGAGGCGGAGUACAGCGAAGUGCAGGUGAUCGGGGAGACGGAGAACUUCCUAGAGAAUCCCCACUAUCUGGACAAUGUUCAGAUCGGCGAGCUCUUUGCCCAGCUGGCCAAGGAUUAUCCGGAACUGGCGCAGACGUACACGAUUGGGAGAUCCCUGGAGGAUCGUCCCCUUCAGGCCCUGGCCCUAAGUGCCCCCACCUCGGAGGGCAAGGACGGGGAUCUGCUGCGUCCGAUGGUCAAGCUGGUGGCCAAUGUACGCGGCGACGAGGCCCUGGGUCGCCAGAUCGUGCUCUAUGCGGCCGAAUACCUGGCCAGUCACUACGUGGCGGACCAGGAGGUGCAGCGCCUGUUAAACACCACGGAGAUACAUUUCCUGCCCACCUGCAAUCCCGAUGGAUUCGCCGCCGCCAAGGAGGGCAACUGCGAAUCGCUGCCCAACUAUGUGGGACGCGGCAAUGCGGCCGGCAUCGAUCUGAAUCGUGAUUUUCCCGAUCGCCUCGAGCAGUCCCAUGUCCACCAGCUGCGAGCUCAAUCCCGUCAGCCGGAAACGGCGGCCCUGGUCAACUGGAUUGUGAGCAAGCCGUUCGUGCUCUCGGCCAACUUCCAUGGCGGCGCUGUGGUGGCCAGUUAUCCCUACGAUAACUCCAUUGCCCACAAUGAGUGCUGCGAGGAGAGCCUGACCCCCGAUGAUCGUGUGUUCAAGCAGCUGGCCCACACCUACUCGGACAACCACCCGAUCAUGCGGAAGGGCAACAACUGCAACGACAGCUUCUCCGGCGGCAUCACCAACGGCGCCAACUGGUACGAGCUGUCCGGCGGCAUGCAGGACUUUAACUACGCCUUCAGCAACUGCUUCGAGCUGACCAUCGAGCUCUCCUGCUGCAAGUUCCCGGCCGCCAGCACACUGCCGCAGGAGUGGGCGCGGAACAAGGGAUCGCUGCUGCAGCUGCUGCGGCAGGCGCAUAUCGGCAUCAAGGGUCUGGUGCAGGAUGCCAGCGGCUAUCCCAUAGCCGAUGCCAAUGUCUACGUGGCCGGACUGGAGGACAAGCCCAUAAGGACGUCGAAGCGCGGGGAAUACUGGCGCCUAUUGACCCCGGGCCUAUACAGCGUCCAUGCCGCUGCCUUUGGCUACCAGGCAAGUGCCCCGCAACAGGUGCGGGUGACCAACGACAACCAGGAGGCACUGCGCGUCGACUUCAAGCUGAAGCCCGUCGAGACGAACUUUGAUGGCAACUUCCGGAAGGUCAAGGUGGAGCGCUCGGAGCCGCCGGAGAAGCGCAAGGAGCAGUUCCACGGCUUCCUCACCCCCACCAAGUUCGAGCAUCACAACUAUACAGCCAUGGAGAGCUUCCUGCGUGAGAUCUCGGCCAGCUAUCCCUCGCUGACCCGCCUCUACAGCAUCGGCAAGAGCGUCGAGGGCCGCGACCUGUGGGUACUGGAGAUCUUCGCCACGCCCGGAGCCCAUGAGCCGGGCGUGCCCGAGUUCAAGUACGUGGCCAACAUGCACGGCAACGAGGUGGUGGGCAAGGAGAUGCUCCUGCUGCUGACCAAGUACCUGCUGGAGCGCUAUGGCAACGAUGACCGCGUGACCCGGAUGGUGAACGGCACCCGGAUGCACUUCCUGUACAGCAUGAAUCCCGAUGGCUAUGAGGUGUCGCGGGAGGGCGAUCGCACCGGCGGCGUGGGACGGGCCAAUGCGCACGGGAUCGAUCUGAACAGGAACUUCCCGGACCAGUACGGUACGGAUAGGUAUAACAAGGUGACUGAGCCCGAGGUGGCCGCCCUGAUGAACUGGACCCUGUCGCUGCCCUUCGUCUUAUCAGCCAAUCUCCAUGGCGGCUCCCUGGUGGCCAACUAUCCGUACGAUGACAACGAGAACGACUUCAACGACCCCUUCAUGAGGCUCCGCAACUCAAGCAUCAACGGGCGGAAACCCAAUCCCACCGAGGACAAUGCUCUGUUCCGGCACCUGGCCGGCGUUUAUGCCAAGGCCCACCCCACCAUGCAUCUGGGCCAGCCGUGCGAGCUCUUCCAGAACGAGUACUUUGCCGAGGGCAUCACCAACGGGGCGCAGUGGUACAGCGUCACGGGCGGCAUGCAGGACUGGAACUACGUGCGGGCCGGCUGCCUGGAGCUCACCAUUGAGAUGGGCUGCGACAAGUUCCCCGUGGCCGCCGAGCUGCCCAAAUACUGGGCGGACAACCGCGAGCCCCUGCUGCAGUUCAUCGAGCAGGUGCACCACGGCAUCCAUGGAUUCGUGCACAGCACCAUUGGCACGCCCAUCGCCGGCGCUGUGGUUCGCCUGGAUGGAGCGAAUCACUCCAGCUACAGCCAGACAUUUGGCGACUACUGGAAGCUGGCGCUGCCGGGACGCCACAACCUCACCGUUCUGGGCGACAACUAUGCUCCGCUGCGCGUGGAGGUGGAGGUGCCCGAGGGCGAGCCGCACGAGAUGCGCAUGGAUGUCACCCUGAUGCCGGACGAUCCGCAGCACUGGGCGUCGGCCAACGACUUCCGGAUCAUUGAGAAUGUGGUGAACACGCGCUACCAUACCAAUCCGGAGGUCAGGGCCCGCCUGGCUGAGCUGGAGAACCAAAACGGGCAGAUAGCAAGCUUCGGCUAUGCGGACAAUGAGUUUAGCAGAUACUUUAACUACCUGAAGAUGACCUCGGAUAUCGGGGAGCCCGAGGAGCACAAGUACAAGCUGUUGGUGAUGAGCUCUCUCUAUGACACGGCCGCUCCGCUGGGCAGGGAGCUCCUGCUGAAUCUGGUGCGUCACCUGGUCGAGGGCUUUAAGCUGCAGGAUGUCGCGGUGGUCCAGCUGCUGCAGCGCAGCGUCAUCUACUUCUUGCCGCAGACGCAGAAGUUCCAGCAGGUCUUUGCCAUGUACAACGACAACUCCUCCGUUUGCGAUCCCGUUUUGGGCGAUGAGCUGGCCGAACGCAUCCUCAGUCCGGAGACCGACCAGGCCAAGGACAUGUUCCUGCAGUUUCUGCACAGCGAGAACUUCGAUCUGAUGCUCACCUUUGGGGCGGGCAGCUCGGACCUGAGCUAUCCGCGCGGCGACUCGGUGCUGGAGAGAUUCGCCCACGGCAUGCAGCGCACGGAGUUCAACUACUCGCCGCUGCAGUGCCCCAGCUCCGCCACGCGGCAGCUGCACCAGGAGACGACGGAGCGUCUGACCAACAUGCUCUACCGCCUGUACAACCUCCCGGUCUACACGCUGGGCGUGGCCUGCUGCCGGAUGCCCCACCACAAGCAGAUUGCCUCCGUGUGGCGCAAGAACAUUGACAAGAUCAAGAACUUUUUCGCCUUGGUGCGGACGGGAGUGAGUGGUUUGGUGCAGAACGACAAGGGGCAGCCGCUGCGUGAGGCCUUUGUCCGGCUGCUGGAGCACCAGCAGCGCGUCUACAAUGUGACCAAGAAUGCGGCUCGCUUCCAGCUGAUGCUGCCGCACGGCAGCUACGGUUUGGAGGUGACUGCUCCCAACUACGAGUCGCAGAUUCUAAAGGUGGACAUACAGGAUGGCCAGGUAAUGGAGCUGGGCACUGUUCGCCUGCAUCCGUUCACCCUGAUCCGUGGCGAGGUUCUAGAGCUGCCAAACAAGCUGAGUGGAGCUGGAGCUCUGGCUAGCAUUGCGGGCCUUGUGCUGGACGAGAACAAUCAUCCGGUGCGCAAUGCCAAGGUCUCGGUGGUGGGCCAAUCCCAGCUAAGGAACUUCACCAACAGUUUGGGCCAGUAUCACCUAGGGGCAGUGCCUUUGGGCAUUAUCACCCUAAAAGUGGAGGCGCCGCGUCACCUGGAGGCCUCAAGGGAGCUGCAUCUGAACCAGGGCGCCACGGAAAAUGUGGUCUUCCGGCUGAAGGUCAACGAGCAUGUGUUUGGCCUGCCGCGCUUCCUCUUUAUACUGUUUGCCAGUGUCCUGAUCAUCGUCGGCGUGGUGUUGUGCGUUUUGUGUGCCCAGUUUUGGUUCUAUCGCCGCCACCGGGGCAACAAGCCGUACUACAACUUUUCGCUGUUGCCGCAGAAGAGCAAGGAGCAGCACUUUGAUCUCGAGGACGACGAGGCGGGCGACGAUGGCGAGACGGAGCUGUUUCGCUCGCCCAUUAAGCGUGGCAUGACCAUUCAGCCUUACUUUGAUGAGGAGCAGCUGGAGCGUAUACUGCACACAGAUGAGGAGGACGACGAGGACGAGGAUGGUCCCCACAUGGAGCCGGAACUGGAUGUGGCCGAUGACAGUGGCGAUGAGAUUGUGAUGCUGCACAAUCAUGGCCAGAAGCGUCGCCACUAAGGGACUCUGUCCUGGCACACACAACACACAACAUAACUGUGAUUCAAACGUUUUCAAGCGAUGAGGAGAGAAGAAACCAGCGCCAGGCUUUGCUCUUACCUUUUAUUUUUAUAUAUUUUUUUUAAUUUUAUUAUUAUUAAUGUAACUUAAAUUGAUGAGCAUCACAAUCCGUCAGCUUUAAAUAGAGAAUGUUGUGCCCCCAAGAAGACGAAUCUCUCGCUUAGCACCCGUCCUGCAACCGUAUCCUGUGGGCUUUAUUGUAGAACCUAACUUAAGACUGAGAGCCUUGUGGCAGCAAAAAGCAGAGAAGAAGCAAAAGCAAAGACACGAAUCUAGCGAAAUAGAAUCAAAAGCAAAAGCAUAAAGGCAAAAUUUUCAUUUUUUUUAUUUGUAAAUUCAAGAAAAAUGUGUUUUGUUUAAUCACAAAUUCCAAUUUUCUAUGUCCAUUUGGCUUCCAAAAUCGAAGAGACACACAACACCCCAACAGAGUUAACACAGAGCUUUUGUAACAAUUCCCUUGAUUAACUUUAUAUUAGAGGUACUACUGUACAGUGUACACACACCAAAAUAUGCAUAUUUACUGCACGAUUUAACCGAUUUAAUGUACGUUUUAAGCUAGAGCCCAGACUAAGGAGUUGAAAUCAAAUGAGUGGUGCAGCAUUUACCUAUAAACUAUAUACUAUAUAGUACUAUAUACUAUAUACUGUGUACUGUAUAGUACUAUAUACUAUAAACUAUAUACUAUAUAGUACUAUAUACUAUAUACUACUUUAUACUAUAUACUGUAUGUAUAUAUACCCAUUUACCGUAUACAUAUCCGCAAAAAUAUGGCAAUUAUAUAACUAAAUGUGAAAU